UGGCCAUCCAAUUCGUUUUCGUCUAGAACGAGGAGAUGACAUGCUAAUAACUGCUGGUCGCCAUCCAAUGCUUACAAAAUAUAAAAUAGGAUUCAUGAAAAAUGGCUUGAUCAAAGCUGUGGAUCUCCAAUAUUAUACCAAUGCUGGGUGCACUCCAGAUGAGUCUGAAAUGGUGAUAGAGUUCAUCGUGCUGAAAUCUGAAAAUGCUUAUGAUAUUCCUAACUUUCGGUGCAGGGGUAGGGCUUGUAAAACAAAUUUGCCAUCCAAUACGGCCUUCAGAGGAUUUGGCUUCCCCCAAGGAGCUUUGGCAGUUGAGAAUUACAUAACAGCUGUGGCAUUCAAAUGUGGCUUAUCACCAGAAAAGGUUAGGGACAUGAACAUGUCCAAAACAGUUAACAAAACGGCUUACAAUGAACCAUAUAAUCCAGAGCCAUUGCUAAAAUGUUGGAAAGAAUGUCUAGAGAAAUCUUCAUUCCAGAGCAGGAAAACAGCCAUAGAAGAAUUUAACAAGGAAAAUGACUGGAAGAAGAAAGGGAUUGCUAUUAUUCCCAUGAAAUUUACAGUUGGAGUGCCUACUGGAUAUGAAAGUCAGACUGCUUCUCUAGUUCAUAUCUAUCAGGAUGGGUCUGUCUUAGUGACUCACGGUGGCUGUGAAUUGGGACAAGGUCUUCACACCAAAAUGAUUCAG